AAAUUUAAGAUUUUUGUUUUUAAUUUUUAUACAAUUAAAAAAUCAUCAAUAAUCAAUUUCGAAGUAGCAAACGAAAAAGUUGAAAUUUUUCUUAAUUCAAGAAGCCGCUUAUUAGUAAAUAAGCCAAUUUAAAGUUACAUAGUUGGUUGGUAUCUUAAAGUAAACGUAAUAAUGCACUAGAAAGAAUCAAAAAAAGAUAUUGUAGCAAAAGUUUUAGUCAUAGGAGAAGCAAAAGUUGGUAAAACAUCUAUAUUGACAAGAUAUACAGAAGGGUCUUUUCAAGAAAGCAUGAUUCCUACCUUAGGUAUAGAUUAUAGAUUUAAGAAAUUAUUUGUCAAAGGGUAGGAAAUAAAGCUUUAGAUUUGGGAUACUGCUGGCUAGGAGAGAUUCAGAGCUAUUACUUAAAAUUUCUAUAAAGGAGCGAUGGGAAUUAUUUUAGUUUUUGACUUAACUGAUCCUAAAACUUUUAAAACUCUUUCAAACUGGAUCGAAAAUAUUAAAUAAUAUUCUGGAUCAGAAGCAUGUAGAAUUCUCCUUGGAAACAAAUGUGAUAUAUCUUAAAAUUAAAUUCCAAAGCAAGACAUAUAAAAUUUGGCAAAUUAAAAUAAAAUUUAGUACUUUGAAACAUCAGCAAAAAGUAACGAAGGCAUAUAGUAGGCUUUUUAGUAGAUAGCAGAUGACAUAGCGAAUAAAUUCUUUAGCGAGUUAAUAAAUAUAUAAUCCGACCAAAAAUUAGACUUAGACAACUCUUUAAUAAGGUCUCCAUCUUCGAUAAAAAGGGAAGAGUAGCAAUAAGCACUUUAACUAUAAGUAUAAAAAAGUCCUAGAAAGAAAACUGAAUCAGAAAGCUGCUGUUCAUGA